CCUAAUGGAAAAACACAUUUUCUUAAGUUUGAUGGCUUUGGUAUGAACAUUUUUGUUGCAGCUUCAUUCAAUGUCAGAGAAAUUUUCUGCUGCAAGAGAACAGAAAUCUAAAUUUGAUGUUCAUUUGCCUAGAAUGGUGCCUCUAAGCACAGAUAGCUCUAAUCUUGAGGAUGCGCAUCCUAUGUUGAUUGCGGCACAUUUACCCCAGGAAGUUAAAUUACCAACAGACAGACAAGUUGACAGUCUCUGUGGAACUCCUAUUGUUUUCUCUAAUAAAUUGAAAUCCCUGCAAGCAAGAUCAGACAGAAUUGAAGACAAGGAUAGAGCAUUGCAGGACUCACAUGUCACACAAAUGGAAUCGGAGCAAAGUCGAAGUACAGAUUUGAAAGUUGAAUGGGUCGAACAAUAUGAACCUGGGGUGUAUGUUACCUUCACAAUUUUGGCAAGCGGGCAGAAGGGGCUCAAGCGAGUGAGGUUUAGUCGGAAGCGAUUCACAGAGAAGGGAGCAGAGCAAUGGUGGGAGGAUAAUCAGCUUUCGGUUUACCAAAAAUAUGGAAUUGAAGGAUACUUUAACUCAAACCAAAAUCAGUGAAAGAUCAGUGAACUAAUUGUACCUAGCUAGCUAAGCAUGUACAAAUAGUAAAGAGUUGGUGCUUGUAAAAGCGCAUGUUCACUACUUUGACAGAGGUUUCACCAGCUUGAACGACCAUAAAUAGGAUGGACAGUCACUGUCAACCUACAAGUUUUGAGGAAGUAGCCACUGUAAAUGAAAUUUCCUUUGUAUUUAAUUAAGCAGCAAAAGGGUUCAGAUAGGGGAUGUUUCCCAUGUACAGUUACCAUGAGUUUGCUUGUUUUUGUUUUUGUUUUGUUUGUAAAAUUAGGUUCAUGUCAUGUGGUACAUGCAUUUUUAUUAUAUUGGCAAUGGAUUGGAUGGUGGGGCA